CUCAGAAUGAAGUGAACUAGUUGCAAACAAGCAUUCAAUCGUUCCUUCGCCAAAUGCUGCGUUUCGGUCUAUCUCUCUGAGUCUAAGCUUUGAAGGAUGAAAAAGACAACUUGAGAGGGACGAGCAUCUCACUUCAUGGUCAUGGUACAAAUGAAGGGCUCCAUGCUUUCUAGUAUGACUCCUGUCACUGCUCCUACACUACAAUUCAAGUCUUCUGGUCUCUUUGGAACCCAUUCAAAUUCUAUUAGUUUCCUUUCCAUGCCCAUUACAAAUUCUUUUACCAAAGCAAUGGUGAUUGAAGCAAGGGCAAAUGCUAAGAAGGACAGUGCAAAAAUCCGAAACAGAAAAUUGCAAAGAAAGUUCAAUGGCUCCCCUACAAAACCAAGACUUUCAGUAUUUUGUUCAGCCAAGCAAUUGUAUGCUAUGCUAGUCGAUGACCAGAACAAAAGGUGUUUAUUUUAUGGAAGCACUCUGCAGAAAUCUAUUCAUGGGAAUAACCCUUGUAGCGCCAUUGAAGCUGCUGAACGUGUUGGGGAGGAGCUUGUGAAGGCUUGUAUCGAUCACCAAAUUAAUGAAAUAUCAUCUUAUGAUCGCAAUGGUUUUGCCCGUGGAGAAAGGAUGCAAGCCUUUGAGAUUGCAAUUUCUCGUCAUGGGUUCUUGCCUAGGUAGAUAGGUAGAUAGAUAGAUAGAUUCUUGUCUAGAUAGAUAGAUAGAUACGCAGAUAAAUAGAUAGACAAAUAGGUAGAUUUAUGUCUAAUUUUAUCAUACACUACUUGGGAUUCAAGAGUAAUUUAGAAGGUGGGUUUGCAUGGGUUAUUUUUUUAUUUAUAUUC